AUGACCCAGUUGCUUCUACUUCUAGCGUGUCUCAUUGCUUUGGGACACGCCACAGCUUCCAUCUCUGAAAGCGACAGCAACUUGUCUGAUCCGACUGUCCCUACGGCGUGUCAACAAGCAUGCUCGGAGCUUUCCUCAACCUUCGGGCCUGCAUUUCACUGGCCGCACAACGAUAAUUUCACAAUCUGGGAUGCGAAGCAACAAGAAGCUCAUCCGGCUUGUCGAGUUGAGCCUUCGUCGGCCCAAGAUGUUGCCAGCAUCCUCGACAUUCUCGUGGGCCACUGGUGCUACUUUUCCGUGAAGGGUGGGGGACACUCUAGGAACCCCGAGGAUUCUAACUCGGUUGGUGGAGUGACAGUCGAUCUCAACCGUCUGAGUAGUGUCGAGGUUCUUCUAGGUGGUACCAAGGCGCGUAUUGGCGGCGGCGCGACGACCCUUCAGGUGUACAGAGCUUUAGAGGCGCACAACUUGUCGUUUGUGGGCGGGCGAGUUGGUAGUGUCGGUAUGGGUGGUUUCACCCUGGGUGGAGGAACGUCGCCAUUCUCGAACAAAUACGGAUGGUCAUUAGACAAUGUUUACGAGUAUGAGGCUGUUCUCGCCAACGGAACCAUCACCAAUGCUUCCGAGUCGCACAAUUCGGACCUCUACUUUGCCCUCCGCGGUGGUGGAAACAACUUCGCCAUUAUUACAGCCUUCACCGUUCGCACCUUUUCCCAGAGCCCUGUCUUUACCAGCACGACAACCUACGCAGCGAACCAGUCAGAGCAAGUUCUCGACAGGGUCUACGACUUGUACACAGACAAAAUUCUUACCAGUGAUAAGGAAAUGGGAUAUGAUCUGUACUAUACGUAUAGCUCGGAAAGCGAUAGGUUCAUUCUGAGUGGCACACAGCGAUACGGGAAACCAAUUCAAAACCCAUCGGUUUUCCAGGCUAUCGAUCGCAUCCCCACGCUGAGCAGAAGCACAAACAUAGGGCCCAUGAGCCAGGUGGUGGAUGGGAACGAGGAAAUGGGCACCACACGGCAUCUUUUUGCUACGCUCACCGUAGCCCCAUCGCGCUCCUUCUUAUCGCAAGGCUUGAGAGUUUUCGAACAGGAGGUGGAAGCCAUCAAGACGGUCGCUGGGUUAAUUCCCAACUUCAUUUGCUAUCCGCUACAGAGAAACGCCCUUGCGGCCAUGAAGCAGCGAGGCGGGAACGCUCUGGGGAUUGACCAAGAUGAGCCUCUCUUCUUGGUCCUGAUCUCUACAGCAUGGUCGAACAGCACUGAUGAUGCUGCUGUUAACCGCAUGACGGCAAACAUUAUUCAAAGACUAAGCGUCGCAGCCAACGACUUGGGCGUUGCAAGUCAGUAUAAGUAUAUUAACUACGCAUCGGCGGCACAGGCCAGCACGGUUUUUGACGGUUAUGGCGACGAAAAUGUGCAUAGGCUGAAGAUUAUUCAAAAGGCUGUAGAUCCUCAUGGGGUAUUCACCUCUCAAGGGUUAUGGCAUGGAUUUAUGAAGCUGCUAUAA